UGUUUUGAAAUUUCGCCGCGAUGCGUUCUCUUCACUAGGUCAGAAAUAAAUUAAAAUAUACUGCGGAAAGGACUGGUUUGGUGAUGUUGACUUCGGAACAACAGAUGUCAAGUGCAAUACCGACAUUAAAGCUAAUAAAUAAAAAGGGAAAAGCGUAAAAAAAAAUUUAAAAAAUUAAAAAAUACCUCUGCCUUUUUCAAACGAGUGCAAAGUGUUAAAGGUAUGGCAGCAAUUGAAGUGAAGUUCUAUAUUUAUGCAGUUCCAGCUCAUUGGAAAUUUAAAGUCUGAAAUAUUGAGUCAUCCCAAUAAAAAAAUUUAAAUAUCAGGAAGGAAACUAAUUACGUUUUGUACGGCACCGACUAGAGAAUCAAAAGAGACAAAGAAUAGCGUGCAUAUUUAAGGGACGUAGAAGCAGAACGACAUAUACUAUAACGUCCACACUUUCGAAAAAUCUUUUCUUUUCUUUUGUCACGUUAAUUUUAAAAUUGACACAUCCUGCAUGAUCUGGUAAUUUUGGAAAAUUUUCUGAAAUCCACUGCAAAGUUAUUGACAGCAGCAAUCAAUGUUACGUGAGGUGGAGCCGAAGGGGAAACUGGAAUGGGCACGUGACUGAAGCUGGAACCUUAUAUGACUGUUAAAGAUACAUUUCCUCUUCUUUGUAACUAUAAACAACAAAGCGCAUCGCAGAACAUGUGUAAAUGGAAACAAAGCCGCUGAGAUGGAAAAUACAUACGUUACAAAAAGUUGAAAUGGAUUUGAAUUGUGGUUACCGGUGGAAAAGGAGAUUAUUGUAAAUACAAACUGACAAGCAAAUGCUUUGAGCGCAUCUCUACUUGCAAUACAUUGCGGAUACGUAAUAACUGGUGGCCCUGCGGCCACCUCUCCGUAACAGACCUAUUACGAUCCGAUAAUUCGGUUUAUUACGCAUACGCAACGUGAAACGUCUGUCCACCAACGCAAUUAAGUAAAGCCCCGUCACACACAAGACAUUGCAAUUCGGCAAGUAAUUGAAUCGCUUUCAAUGGUAUGGUCCGCAAUUAUGGCGUCUACUUGUUCCCCCGAGGCCCGGAGAUUGGAUCGGAAACCGAAUCCUGUUUAUCAUGCACAGCGAUCUGUAACUUCGGUUGGUUGGUGCCAACCACCGCUGGACUGGCAAGAUUUUUAAUUAUGUUUGAGCAGCAGCUACCUGUGUCCACCCCCGCCACCAGACACCAACGAAACCAGGACGAGCACGAUGACGAAGGCACCGUCAAAAGCAGUCGCUGAACAACGCAUGGCGGCUUAGGAAGAGCCUGCUCCAAUGCCAGAAGUGUGGCCAAGACUGCGGAUCCCAGUUUGGCCAAGAACUCAGUUGGUGGCUGAGGAGGAGGAGGAGGAGAAAUUUUAAUCGCUGGCGGUGACGAAGGCACCCGCCAUUCCGAAUGAGAUGAGCUGUCGAACUCCCAUAUGAUGAGCUGAAGACUCCAUACAUCGCGGUUUAUGAGCUGACAACCUAAGGGUCGACCGCCCAAAGAAAAGGGCGUUAAAUUUUAAUUAUGGUCAUUGAAUUGGACGCAUCUUAAAUGUCUUCUUAUUGCGUGCACAAGUGUAAACUUUUGUUUAUUGAAAAAAAAAAACAAAUUGUUUUUCAGCAGCAUUUGAUGAAAAAAUGGGAAAUUAUUUGUAAACUAAUUUAAUAUGCAAACACUACCACGAACCACGAAAAGCAGACGAAAUUAGAGAAAUCCCUAUACAAAAUUGGUUAAUUAAAUAUAAGGGAAGGUGCCACGACCACAAUUUUUGGUAUCAUAUAAGAAAUACACUAACCCAGGACAAAACACAUAUUCACUCGACUAAAUGAUUGGCGUUCAGUUAUCUUUACUUUAAUUUACGUUUCAAUUUAGAUGGCCCUGAUGGAUUUCAAUAUUAUUAUUACGAUUUGCAGAAUGAUGAGCUACAUAUUUAUAUCGCCACCAUAGCCGAGAAGGGGGAAUAAUGGUGUGAAUGUUUUAACUCUUACUCUUACUCCUAUCCUUAGAUAAGAAAUGUUUUUGCAUAUCAACUUUCUUUCCAUCGCCAUUGUAUAUAAUUGUAUACAAUUGUAUAAUUGAGCCGCUGCUUACAAAGUUGUCUAGAAAAAAAUAAUAUUAGAUGUUUGUCGCGGAACGAAUUAACCCUCCAUCGAUAUUGCCGAUAAUUUGGAUCGAUAUCAUAAGGAAGUCACACUUAGUAUUUAUUGUAUGUAUUCUAAUGUAUGUCGUGUCUGGUCUUACCUUUAGAAAUAUUAAGCUUGGUGGGCAAAGUGAAUAUGACUUGCACUAUCCAAGAGAGAGGGAGAGUAUAUUGCGGUACGUAAAAUAAGAACAUUUAAACGAUUGUAAACCGAUUUACUUAUAGAACAAAACCUAGAUCAGACUACCAAUUCCACGACUGGAGAGGUGGCGACACUAAUGGAAAGGAUCGCAACCUUUGAAAAGGAACUAACCAAGUCAAGGGCAAAUGAAAGGGAAGCAGAGGCCGCAAGGAAACCCGAGCGUGAGCAAUUUAAAUGAAUUGCUGCCAGCAGUAAGCGGAGCAACGACACAGACAUUGAGUGAGAAUGUUCCCACCGGCAACCUGAAGUGACGCCAUCAUUAAAUGAACCAUUGCCCUCACAACUGAGUAGAAUUGUGCCGCCAGAAUUAAGUGCAAAUUUGGCGCCAGCGCAAGACAGCCAUUUUGUAUUUGUCACACGGAACAGCAACUAUGCAACGUAAACCUAACGCCGCCUUGUUACGUUACGGCCACAACGCAACCAGAACUAGGGUAUAUACAUAUAUCAACAAAGCAGCCUUAUGGUAACUGCGCCCGCAGCCGUGACUUACGGAACGGCACCGGCGAGUAUGGUAAAUUGAUGGACACCACGUAAACUGCCUGAUCCUCAGAGUUCGGAGGUCAGCUCGAGGAAUGGCCAAUAUUUCAGUGCGCGUUUGUGGAAACAACGCCAGCUUAUUAGUGUACAGCUGGAGAAUAAACAACGGAUAAUAAAGGCCUUAAAGGAUGAGGCCCGAGAAGCACUGAAGGCGCUGCUCAUCCACCCGAACAACGUGCAAGCAGUUAUGGAUCAACAGUUGCGCCGAGCAACUGAUCCGCAGCGAACUGGAGAGCGUGCGAGAUGUGCAAUGACGACUUUUCGGAUCCCUCCGAACUUGUUUUACGUGGCGUGUUCCACACUGAAGGGAUUACAACCACGACACCCUAUACACCCACAAGUGAGCAUAUGGUGCAUGUGUCUGGAUACGCCAGACAAGCGUCCCGGACUAGAAGCUAUAGCUGUGUACAUAGCGACCACCCCGGUAGCAAUUUGAGUACUUGCUUGCCGGGCAAGCACUCCCCCUUGCUGAGGAGCGAGAUCUACCUAAAAUCUCUACUGAUCCCUGGGUCACAGCACCCGAGUUUUGCGCCACCAGCACCGUAACUCAAACGUCGAACACGAAGGCUCUGCCCGCGAUAUGGGUACCAACCACAGCCACCACGAUACUCCCACCAGGGGGCCUACCUCAAUGUGCAGUCUUGGAUAGCUGCACAACCCGUGGUACCGAAAGAGAGGCUCGGUGGGCCUCCUCCUUUUGCCCCGACAAGCAUGGUUAGAGGAACCUAUCGCUAUAUUAGUCGCCUCUUACGACAAGCAAUAGCGGACUGUAGAAUUGACUGUGCAGUCAAUCUCUGGAUUGGGCAAGGCAUGCGGCUACGAAACAACCAUAUACGACAGUGCACUGUGGGGCGUUUGGCCUGUUUUUUUAUAUAAAAAAAUUAUAACUCCUAAACUAUGGGAGAUAUUUGGAUGCAUUUUUUUUAUGUGUUGCACAUGCCCCCAGGAAUAUUUUGGAAAAGUGGGCGUGUCCCAACUCCGGCCCAAUUUUUUUUUUUUUUAAUAUAUUUUUAAAGUUCAUUUUUAAUUUCCAUAUUGUUUAAAAAUUCAUAAUCGUCUUCCUCUUUACAAUGAAGAAUCAGUGUCAGGUUCUAAUUCGCAAGCUAAAAUUAGAAUGACUUCUAGUGGAAGAGAGCCGCUUAUGUUUUCGAACGCGCCUCUUUAAAUUUAUUGAUGAUCAUCUGCUUGCUGUCUUCGGCCACUCAAACUUUUUAAAUAAUAUGACGUUUUCGGGCGUCCAGCUAAUUUCCUUUCCUUUUUAUUAUUUUUUUUUCCUUCAGGAUAAGGAUUGGAUGUUCUUUUAACCACUUUGAAUAAACUUUCGAAAAUUCAUUUAUUUUUCGAUCGCAUUUUCUCCAAUUUCGCAAAAGAUUGACUGAAAACAUUCGUUAUUACUAUUAUUCGUUAAUCGUUCAUUAAAGUCUAGCUUGCUAUCAGAAAAAUGACCACUGAUAAAAGUGAAAAUAGCAUUUUCCUUUUGACGAACACCCUUUUGCUUUCGCCACACUUCCAGCAGGGCACCAUUGGCAAUCGAGAUGUUGUUCCCUAAAAAAUGAAAUUUGUCAAAAACCCGAAAAAAACGCACAUAGGGACUACCUGAUAUGAGUUCGGAGUUGAACACACUACAACAUGUAUAUAAACACUUACUGAACAAAUUUGAACAAAUUAUUGUAGCUCUAUUCAAAGUUGAAAUUUGUUUCAAACAACUACAUGUUGACACCACUUGCUAAAUGUACAAAAUAUUAAAAAGAGACGCACACAAUAAACAAUAUAUUAAUAGCAACACAUAAUAAAAACCUAAAGAUUGAUUAUCCAUUUCAAAUUAUACACAUCUUCUUCUUCUUUUUAUAUUUUAACACUUUGAAAGUUAAGCUAAAUUUUGACUCAAUGCAGCCACGUGGUAUAAGCUCGCAACAGCCGACUUUAACAGCUGUUAUAAUAACGGUGCACUGUUAAAUUAACUUUUGCGGGCUAUAACAAAACAGUUUAACGUAUUUCCAAUCUAUUAAUACUAAAAUACUUCAAAUUUGCAUACUUGUGAAAAACACAUUAUUGUAAAAAAAACAGGCCAAAUGCCCCAUAGUGCGCUGGACGUGUGCGGACAUUGCAGCUGACCGUUUUCGUGGAUUUUCGGGAUUCAACCGACUGGUAAGGACGACAGCAUGGGUCGUACGGUUUAUUCGACGGUGUCGGACUCACAUCGAAUGAAUGCGCGAGAUUCGUCGCAAUUACUAGAUAACGAACAUAAGGAGACUGCUACAGAAGUUGGUGACUAAAUGCAACGUCUGCAAGUUGCGGAUGGCGCGAUUGACGCAGCCUGAGAUAAGCCCUGCCGGAGAAUCGACUUGAGGCAAAUGGAUGGCCCAUUAAGUAUACUGGCCUCGAUUACUUCGGACCAUUGCAUGUGACAAUUGGGCGACGUACAAAGAAGAGAUGGGGGUUAUUCACAUGCCUAACAACCAAAGCAAUCCAUUGGGAGAUGGCCCAUGAUUUGUCAACAGAUUCAUGCAUUAUCUCUAUGAGAAAUUUCAUAUGCCGCCAUGGACCGGUGGUCAGAAUAAGAAGCGACAAUGGAAAGAACUUCGUCAGUAAAGAUCCAGGCGAGCUGUCGUCUAAAGGAAUAGAGUGGAUAUUCAACUGUCCAGCGAAGCCAGCUGAGGGUGGAGCAAGGGAACGAAUGGUCCAGUGUGUAAAGAAGGUGUAAGCGCACACAAUGAAGAAGCUCGCGCACAAGGAGCACGUGCUGGAGAACAUGCUGACCGAGGAAGAGAUCAUAGUGAAUUCUCGACCUCUCACAGACUUGCCAAUAUCAGCAGACCAGGAGGCCACUUUGACACCUAAAGAUCUACUGAAAGGUGUAUCCGAUGUACCAAGUCUUCCAGGAGACGACUGACCGGCUUCCAGGGCAUGUGCCACAAGAAAGCAAUGGCGGAUUGCUCGAAUGAUGAGGGCUCGGUUCUGGAAACGAUGGGCGCAUGAGUACCUGCCCACAAUCGUUCGCAGGGAGAAGAGGUGUCAGCGUGACCAGCAAAUGUGUCGCGGAGAUCUAGUAUACAUCUGCGAGCCACCCACACCACGCAGGGACUGGAAAAGAGGCAUCGCCGAGGAAGUGUUCAGCGGAGAAGAUGGUGUACCAAGACGAGCGGCUGUGAGGACUAGCGAUAGACCCAAGUUAAUACUGCGUCCCGCUUCGAGGGUCGGUGUGCCUCCAAUAAGAAGUUCACCAAUCAUGGACCGGUCACGAAUAAUGGCUAUUUAAAUUUCGUGCCGGAAAUUGCACUGUGGCUUGAAGCCGCAAGAAUUAAUUUUAAAGGCCGUGAAAGCGAUGUCCUUGCUUCCGGAAUACAAAAAAGGAUUAGUACUGGAUGAUACGAACUUACUUUUUUAAAUAAACAUUAAUUUAUUAUUUGAUUUGUCCAACUUAUUGCCUCUCGUUAUUCAUUUCGUAGCUGCAGCCCUGGUCUUACGUUAUGCGAUAUUUUGUUACGUUGUGAUAUAAUUACAUAUGAUACGUAAAAUGUGGCGCUUGAGUUCAGGGCAGAGUUGCCACACUACGCCCUAUUCAAACGAUAGUUAAAAAAGUUUUUGUAGGUAUUGAGAUACGUUAAAAAAUAAAUAUAAACCAUUUUGCUCUAUAGGACAUUUUACUCAUACACAUAUAUUUCAGAAAGAAUUAUUCAAUUAUGUAUUACCUUUUUAUACCAGUUACUCGCAUAGUAAAAGUGUGUACUAGAUUCGCUGAAAAGUAUGUAACAGGCAGGAGGAAGGAGCGUUUCCUAUUUAAAGUAUAUAUAUUCUUGAUCAGGAUGUCCGUCUGUCCGUAUGAACCUCUAGAUCUCAGGAACUAACUAACCGAAACAUCAUCAGCAAGGUUUUACAUAUGCGAAGCAAUCCCAACUCAGAUGAAUAAUUUGAAGAAAUGCUCUUUUAGAAAAGUAUAAAAGAACGAUUUGAGUUUUGGCUCUCACCGUUAAAUGCAUAUAUAUGAGGAUCUUAAAAUUUGCCAAAUUUGUUCUGAGGAAGCAAAAAAAAAAAACAGUUUUUAAUAAGCAUAAUUAAAAUUUAUUCAGUCUGAGUUUCGUCGUAAAAAGGGGCUUAUAGUGAAAAAUCUAACGACGGGAACCAGGCAGGAAAAUUGUUUAGUAAUCCAGAUUUGUCUGCUUUUUCUUCCUGGAUUUGUCUGCCUUGACAAAGAAUUAAUUUUCAGGAUCAACAGCACAUUUUAAAAACCAGAAAAAUUAGGAAACUGCCAAAGGACUUGUUCAAAAAUAUCCAUGCCUUUCCCCUUCUGUGCAAUAUUAAUUCACGCUCCUUCAAUUAUUAGAAAUUGUUUAGUGUCAAUCGGAUAACUUUUUGAAGAAGCUGCAGAAUACAGAGAUAAAGACAUAAAAAUGUUUAGGCUGAAGCAUACGAAAAUUUUUUUUAACAAACAUAGUAUAUUUUUAAGCUCCGCCCCCAACAGACAACUCCCAUGUUAGCAAAAGUCAAAACUCUUAAAAUCAACUAUAAGCCUACUAGAAUAAUUCACCAUAUCUAUACUCAUUUGAAUUUAUAAUAUUAUUAUUAUUAUUAAUUACGUUAUUUAACUUUUGUGCUUGAUAUAACCUAUAAGGAACAUUAAAUAUGAUUUUUUCUUGGAACGUUUCUUGCUGUUGCAAUACAUUGGUCUGAUGUGGGCAUACAUUUUUCCUACAUUCCUACUACUUUUAUUUGUAUUCUUUUAUAAUUUUAUUUGUAUAAGUAAACGAAAUAUUAUAACAUUUCCAUACAAAACAUUCAUGACCGAUCGCUCUUUGGCAGCUAUAUGAAAGAGUAGUCCGAUCUGACUAAUUUUUAUAUACGAUUUUUAUCACGCUAUUUAAAUAAACAUAUAAAUAAAUGAUACAUACGUGCCGAGCGAGUAGCCGCCAAAGACUCAAGUGAAAGUUUAUGGAAGAAAUAAAUCUAUCUAUUUAUAACUGAUUUGCCGUUAGUUUAGAGGGAUUUUCCAAAAAGUGUUGAAACCAAAGUUUCUUCUUGGAAGUUAUUUCAAAUUUGUUGUUGGCACUGGCAGGGAAAAUAGUGAAAUCAAAAAAAUAACAGAACGUUUUCAAAAUUGUGGGCGUGACUGCUUUUUGCGGCUUAUGCAUACCUAUAGAGACUAGCAAUCCAAACACAAAUUGAAAAAAUGUCAAAACAUGUUCGAAAUGAAUAGAAGUGGUAACGUAGGCGUCAUAGAAUCUGCAUGCCCAAUGUAGAAUUUCUUUUAUAGUUUUAUAGCUCAGAAGGACACCGAACCACUUCCUUUAUGACUAAUCUUGUAUACCCUUUUCUUCUACAAAGUAAUUUGUUAGCUAUCUUUGCUUUUGUGGUCAAAUAUUUUAAAUUAUCCGUCACUCCAAAACGAAGAACAAACUAAAAUAAAUAAGGCAAUACUCUCAGACAUGGGAGCCAGGAACAGUAAGCCGCAAACGGUGCAGAUUGAGAAUCCAACGGCAUUUGAGAUUACUCGGGAUGUGGUAGAUAGAAUAAAGCAUGCCACCGUCAUAAGUACUGAACUCGUAUCUACCACCUGUGAAGCGUGUAAGCAAAAAACAGUAAAAGAACCGUGUUCCGAUAUGCCUACUACGAUGGAACAUAAGCAGCAUAAUGAGCGCGCCUUGCAUCCUGUUCCGGUGGCCAAGUCCUGGAAGAAGCGUUCUCUGGAAGUCGAGGAAAAAGAGUUCGGAAAAUCCUUGAAAUUGGUUCAAGAACUAUUCGGUACGCCUGUAAAAUGGGCCAAGGACUGCGAGGGCGAGAUCGAAAAAUUCGAGGAAGAGCUGGUUUACUGCUAUCAACGGUUUCCAAACGAACCCCUUCAGUGCUCUAACUUGGCCAGACAGUAUCACCGAUUCGUAUUCGCCAAGCAGUAUGCCGAAUUAUCGAAAGCCAAGACGAGUACUUAAAGAUAGGCGAUCGACGAUCUCAAAAAUCCAUUUAAGGUUAAAAGCCAAAAAACAUGUAAGGUAUAUUCCUUAGGCUAGACGCUUGGCUAAUUUUUUGAAUUUUCGGUUUUGGGAAUUUUUAAUUAAAUGUAACGUGGUGAAACCUUU